AACAACCUUUGAGGUUAGUUUUUUACGAAGAUCGGUACCUAUUCGGUUGACGGUCAUUCUUUAACGGCUACUUGAUAGUUGAUACUUCACGGUUACAUUUUACGAAUUCGCGUCUACGUAUAGGUACUUACGUUAUUUAAUAUUUACAAUGUAAAAUUAUAACAUUUACAGCGACGAGAUUAUUUCGUGAAAUUCCUGUUGGAUUCACAACAACAUAAAUCGGGAUAAUGUUUUCAACUAAAUUAUUGCCAAUAAUACUUGGCAUUUUAUGUAUUAAUAAUACUUUUGGAUCUAAACUCAACGUUCCCCGCGUGUUGUUACCGGUAUUUGACACGUUCUCCGUGAAAUUUAAUGUAGAAGUGACAGACGAUGGCUGUUACAAAUGGUCAAUAUUCAGAGGUGAAAAUAUUAUCAAACUCGCUCCCUUGGAUGUGAAUCCAACGCUUGGAUGUUCGGGUAAAGUUGCUGUGUCUUCAUUAACAAAUGAGAAAGUGCGCAGAACAGCCAUUUUAUUCGGAGAGGAUGCUAUUUCUGGUGAAAAAAUACGUUGUGAUGUCAUCGUUGAUACUAUUAAGUCUUUACAGAUUUCUUCAAAGACUAGAGAGCUAAUUGUUGGAGAUGCGCCAGAACUUUUUGAAGUAUCUGCAUUUGAUGAUCAAGGAAAUAAAUUUACAACAUUGGAUGGUGUAGAAUUUAAUUGGUCUUUAAAAGUGCUUAGAAGUCCUAUAAACACAGUUUUAAAAUUCAUAUCAUUUAAAGAUUCUUCAUAUAGAACGCCACCAGAUCUUUAUGAUCUAGAUCAAAAAAAUAGACAAGGUCAUAUGGUUCUUGUUGAAGGAGUUAAAACUGGAUCAGUCUUAGUUUCUGUGAAAUUGUCUAUGUUUGAUGAGCCUACCACACAACUUGAACUAUCAGUCAUUGCAAAUUUAAGACUCGAACCAUCCCAUGUUGUUAUUUUACCUGGGGAUCUUAUCCAAAUUGAUAUAUAUCAAAUACAAAAUGAAAAGUUAGUAAAGAUCCAACUACCUUCCAGUCAAUAUUCUAUAGAAACCGAUAAAUCAACAACUUCAGGUUUACUGAAGACUGAAAAUGACAGUGGUCUCUUUCGUGGUCUUAAAAAUGGUCAAGUUAGGUUAAAUUUAAUUGAUAAUCAGGCUGAAUUCAAAAACGAUACUAUUCCUAAAUCAAUCAGCAGUUUUGUUAGUAUCUCAAAUGCAGAUUAUUUGUCAAUUGUUGUUAAACCUUAUAAUCGACGUAAUUUAAUCAUUAAUGGUAUAUACGAAUUGGAAGUUCAUCUAUUUAACAAUCAUAAUCAGUCCAUUAAUAUUGGACCCAAUGUGAAAGUAAUAAUGAAUUUACCCGAAGAGUAUUUUGACGUAUUGGAAACGUCAAAUAAUGGAUCAUACGUUAUUGUCCAACCUAUUAAAUUAGGAUCGCCACAAAUAGAAGCAUCAUUACUAAAACCAUAUGAAGAUUCUAGAUCUUCUGCUAGAACUUCUGUAUCUAUUUAUUCAAGAGUGAAAGUUAAACCAGAUUUAAUUGUUUUUCCGUGGCAUGCAAACCUAAACAACAAAUUACAAUUUGCAUUAGAAGCUACUGGUGGAGAUAAGAAAUAUACUUGGAAUAGUGACGAUGUUACUAUUAGUACAGUUUCAUCUAAUGGACUUGUUACAGUUCAAGGAUUAGGAAAAACAAAUAUAUCAGCUACAAUGACAAGAGAUUCAUUAAAUCGAGAUAGUGCUAAUAUUUUUGUUCUCGAACCAGAUGAUUUAAAAAUAAUUGCUCAUCCUGUAGAACAAGAAGUAGGCAAAAAUAUUAUUUUAUAUAUGCAUCUAUUUGCAAAAGUACCUGGAGUUGAAGAAGAAUUAAGUGUUACAAAAUGCAAUCAUGAUCAAUUUAAAGUUGAGAUUGAAAACUCUCAAUUUAUAUUGCAAAAUUUUGACCAUAGUUUAAAUAAAUCUUGCACCGCAUUUUCCUUACGUUCAGAUUCAGUGGCUUCUUCCAAAGUAACAUUCACAUUUCAUACAAGUAGUACAAUUUUAAAAGCUUCAGUUAUUGUGAGUACAUAUAAGAAAUUAGUUCCAUUACGCCCAGAAUCUAAACAUACAGUGUUAGCACCUGGUUGUUCAACUACCUUGUUAUUCUAUGGAGGUCCUCAACCUUGGUUGGGCCAUAGUGCUGGUUAUAAUGUAGAAUUUAAAGUUGAUGAAAAUUUGGUGACAUAUAAUGAGCUUCCUGUGAUUCGAGAUGUUGAUGGACAUAAAACUUAUGCAUACACUAUUACAUGUUUAAGUUUUGGGUCAACUCGAGCAAAUCUAACUAUCAAGAGUAAUCCUGUUAUUAAUAGAUUUGAAUCAGAAAUAAUAUCACAGACUUCAGUAGAUGUUGUAUGUGCAUCUCCAAAGUUUGUAAAAGUAUUUGUAGCAGAUACAGACGACGAUUGUCCAAUAUCUAAGUCUUCUAAUAAUAUAUUAGCUUAUAUACAUGAACAAUUAUUUGUUCGGAUUAAUAUAAUUGAUGAAGAUGGGAAUAUUUUUGAUAAUGCUACAAUGAUAAAUGCAAGCUGGGUUAUUACAGAUUCUGAUCUUGUAAGAGUUAUUGAUUCAUUUAAUUUGAAUGAAAUUACAGAGUAUGGUUUCCAAUUUCCUAACUAUCAUUAUAGUAUUUUAGAACCAUUAAGUAAAGAAGGCUCUACUGAAGCUGUUUUUCAGUUAACUGGAUAUAAGAAACCAUUUGUUGUUCCAAAUAGCUCACGGUUUGGUUCUUUUCUAACAUCUAAUGAUGAAGUAUUUGAAAUAAUUCCAACUAUUAAACAUUCUAUAUCUUUCCUUUUAUUCGAUAAUCCUCGCUUAACACAUGAAGAAAUGUUGGUUAUUAAUAAUCCUGGGAUUAAAAAAUCAAUUUAUGGUCAUCAAGGAAGUGGAUACUUUAAAAUACAGUUAAGUACACAAACAGUAGCCAAAGUAACACAUAAUGGAGGAAGACAAAUAGACAUAAGUCCAUUAACUCCAGGGGAUUUGGUAAUGAGUAUUAAAGAUCUUUGUGUCAAAUCUAAGCCAGCUGAAGUUACAUUUAAAGUACGAAAUAUCCAUAGUAUGUUACUAUUAACAAAUACUUUAGUUGAAAUUGGAAGAAACAUAAAAGCUAUUGUAAAACUCUAUGAUUCUGAAGGCCAUUCUCUUCCCAUUCAGCCAGGUGUAGUAAAUAUUCGACCAGUAAUUGAAGUUAAUUCCAUGUUGACAAUUAAACCAGAAUUGAGUAUACCUGAAAAGACAUAUGAAACAGAAUUUUCAAUUAUGGGAUCAUCAUUGGGCAAAACAAAUCUAUAUUUUGUUGCUGAUAUAUCUCCUAUGGAACAAAUUCAUACGCAAACUACCUCUAUUCAAGUUUAUUCUAAACUUAGGUUAUCUCCUAAAAAUUUAACAUUGGCGGUUGGAUCAAGUUAUCAGCUAACAGUUUCUGGUGGACCACAUUUAGAAAGUGUUUUUGAAUUUAUUUCUGAAGAUGAACAAAUUACCAAAGUUUCCAAUGGAGGAAUAGUUAAAGGUUUAAAAGUAGGAUCUGUUAAAAUAACUGGUAUAGCUGUAGGUGUUGAUGUGAUAAGUGGAAUGAAUGUUAUAUAUUCUAAAGAUACAAUAACAAUUAGAGUAAUUAAAUUAAAUAAUGUUAAAAUUGAAGUGCCAUUAUUAAAAUUGAAAGUCGGGGAAGUGAUGCCAGCUUGGGUUCGUGGUAUACCCGAUUCUUUAAAUCCUAUUAUAAUUGGAACUAUUCAUCCAUCUUUAGUAUUCCAUUGGACCACAUCAUCAGCUGGAAUUGUUCAAAUUUAUGACAUUUUAGAAAAUACAGGAAUACUAGUACGCGAACAAGAUAGAAUAUCAAUUCGUGUUCGUGCUGUCAAAACGGGAAACACAAGAAUUAGUGUUUCAGUAUCAGACCCAUCUACAAAGGUUGUUUUUACGAAUUUCAUCGAUAUAACUGUGUAUGAAGAGUUACGUUUGAUUUCACAUGACUUGUUAUUAAAUAGUUUAUUAGUUACUCCAAAUACUGAAUUCACAUUAAUGACAAAUAAAAACAAAGUAGCCAAACAAUCAUUCCAGAUUAUUGGCAAUUCUAAAUUGGAUAAAAGACAUAAUGCAUUAAAUGCAUUAGCAAUUUCUGUUGAUGAAAACUCUGGAAACGUUAAAACAACAAAUGAAGUUGGUCGUGCUCAUGUAUUUAUUACUUCAACAGAAGAUUUUGAUAUAACACAAUCUUUAGAUGUGCCCAUUGAAGUAAAACAUGUGAACUAUAUUAUGAUAAAUAUUGAAACCAAUAUAAAUUCAAAAGAUUCUUCACAAAUGUCUGUUCUACCAAGUGGAAUGAAUUUGAAAUUAAUAACGUCUUAUCAUGAUGAAAAAGGAGCUCAGUUUAAGGCUGUUAAUUCUGAUUUAAAAUUCCUUACAAGUCAUCAAAAUAAGAUUUCAAUGACACCGGGUGAUCAAAAACAUAUUAUGGAAGUUUCUUUGUUUGAAUCUGGUGAAGUAAUAUUAAAAGUUUGGGAUGAAGGAGUAUAUCACUUUAAAGAAGAUUAUAUUAAAUUCCAUGUUGAACAUCUCAUAUAUCCCAAUAAAGCUACUGUUACUGUUGGAGAUGUUAUAUGUUUUUUAAUGCCUGUACAAUUCAGUGAAGAAGAUGCUAGUGAGUGGGUAUCAGAUAAUUUGAAAACAUUAUCUGUUGAUAAUUCAUCAGGAUUUAGUGUAGCUAUGGCACCUUCAGAAGUUUUUGUGACCUAUUCUAAUAAUAAAUUCACGACAUCUACAAGCAUUAAUAUUUUACCAAUCAAAACCAUAAUGAUUUUGCCUUUUGAGAAAAAGACAUUAAGCAACAGCGCUAUUAUUGAUAUUCCAUUAAUUUUACUGAACGAACAAGAGUCAGUGUCAUUAGUUAAAAAUAAAAAAGGAAAUAUGUGGGAAUGGCGUGAUGAUGAUUGUUCGAAUCGGGAGAAUACUGUUAAGCGUUUUCCAUUUGUUUGCGAUGUUCAUUUUGAAUCUAUUUUAUCUAGUCAAUUGAAAACUCCUUCAAUAAGUCGUGUAUUUGAUGUCAGUCCUCAUUUUAACAAAAAAACAGGUUUUUACAGUUGUAAAUUGACACCCCUUCCAAUAAUUGACCAGGAUUUGAGUCUUUUUGAAGCUAAAAUUACCAUUCAGGUUUCUACUGGGAGUGUAUUUACUGAGCUUAAAGAUAUUACAUUCUUACCAUCUGUCUUUAUCAACAAAAAAGAGUUGUUUUUUGGCCAGUUCAGUGGCAAAGAUAAACUUAUUAUAGUCGGUUUACCUCAAGUUCUAUCACAAAUCAAGGUUACAUCUAGCAAUGAUUCAUUUGUGCUUCCAAUGCUGUCAAAUGAAAGCCAAAAUGAAAAAGUUUAUUCAUUUGAUGUGAGUGAUAGUUUUUGGAAUAGUCAACAUUUUGAUACUUAUAUUAUCGUAUCAUCAAACUUAACUCACCAAAAUAUUAAGAUACCUGUUGUGACAUCUCGUUCAUUAAAUGAAUAUGAUUUUUCAAAAUCUAAAUUGCCCAAUGCCAAUCAACAUGAUACUAAAAAAACUCAACAGUCACCACUGCCAGGACUGUUCUCUGGUUUUUCAAAUAGUAUAUUUUCAAACCCAUACAUCAUUGGUUUGGUUACAGUAAUAAUUACGUCUUUAGUUGUUUAUUUUUAUGGAUUUUCAUUGAACAGCAAAUAUAUUCCUCUUAUUAAAAGUCCACAAAAUUCACCAUCUCCUACACAUGUAGGAUUCUAUAACAGAAGUUAUUCAAGCGACCACAACAAAUCUCCUGCAUUGAGUCUGAAUAGAUCAUAUACAAGAUUGCAAUAAAUUUUGUUCAAAAUAAUUAUGACACAUUAACAGCGUUAAGUCUGAUAUCAAACAGACAUAACAGGCUGUUUUUUUUUUUUAUGUAUAAUAUAAAUGUCACUGUAAAUAGUAUGUUUAUCGUCUUCUAUAGACUUGUAGAAUUUAUAUUUCUGUAAUUAUAAUGUAAUAUUUUUAAAAAACAAAGUAAAAUUAAUAUUAAAUUUA